CUCUCUGGCGUAUUUGUGAACCUUAUGCGCCUCCUAACCUCCACAACCUCUCUCUCCCCCCAAUCCUCCUAAAGCAUAACGCCAACAUACAACCCCAAGAACACAGAUUGGGGAUAACGAAACUCCGAGGAUUCAACCCAAAUCGACGAAGAUAACAUCUUCGGAGUUUCGUUUAUCCAAUUCUAUCUCUCGGGUCGGAUUCUGUUCCAGCAUCGAUUGCCCAUCUCUCAUUCUCCAGCUCCAAAACGGUUAAAGAGCCAUACGCCUCGGCCCGGAGUUGAACAGACUCAGGAGCAGUAGGUUUUAGGUUAAUGUGGUAAAUUAGAUGUGCUGAGAGUGAUGAGACUUUAUCUCCCAUAUCAAAUUUCGGGUCUGGUUUUCUUUGGGAGGGUGAUUGAAUCAAGGGUAUUUUACAUAAGGAGCUAAAAUGCGGUCCGGGAUACUUCCCAGGGUGAACACUGCUGUAUGUUCUAGUAUUUGGAGAGUGAUUGGCGGGAGCAGGCCAGGGAAUUCGAAAACUUUUCUACCUUGUCGUGGGAAAUUCUUUUCUCGGAGUUCAGGGUUGUCUUGUAGUUUACCGUAUUCAACCCUUUUGAUAUCAGACGCAACUAGACAUAGUUCCAGUCCUCUGCGUAAGGGAAAAUUUAUGGCUGCUUCAAGUUCGGCACCUGUCUUUGGAGAUGUUUAUGUUGAUGACUUAAUUUCAAGUUGCAGCAAUUCAUUAGACUUGUCAAAACCUACGGGUGUUUAUUUUAAUGAUAGACGGCAGAGCAGUUUCCAGAAAGCUAGCUUGAGUUUGAGAAAAAAGGAAUCAUUCAACAGCCAUCUGAUCUCUGUGCAUGUUGGUCCUUGGUUGAGAAAUUUUCAUACCACAUCUUCUAUGUGCUACGCUACUGGUGCUGCUCAUAAUGUGACAUUUGAUGGAAACUCCAAUGAUGAACAACCUGCAAAUUCCACCAUUUUGUCUGACCAACCAAAAGCUCUGAAGCUGCUUUCAGGAUCAUGUUACCUGCCACAUCCAGAUAAGGAGGCGACAGGAGGAGAGGAUGCCCAUUUUAUUUGUGAAGAUGCACAAGCAAUUGGUGUAGCAGAUGGUGUGGGUGGAUGGGCAGAUGUAGGUGUCAAUGCAGGAUACUUUUCUCGUGAACUUAUGUCUCAUUCAGUGAGGGCUAUUCAAGAGGAGCCUGAGGGCUGCUUUGACCCUGCCAGGGUAUUGGAGAAGGCCCACUCAUGCACCAAAGCAAAGGGUUCUUCAACAGCUUGCAUCAUUGGCCUAACGGAAAAGGGACUACAAGCUAUCAAUCUUGGGGACAGUGGAUUCUUAGUUGUUCGAGAUGGAUGUACCGUCUUCCAAUCCCCCGUGCAGCAACAUGGCUUCAAUUUUACAUAUCAGCUGGAAAGUGGCAGUGGGGCUGAUUUACCAAGCUCUGGACAGGUAUUUUUGAUUCCUGUUGCCUCUGGGGAUGUCAUCAUAGCAGGAACGGACGGCUUGUUUGACAACUUGUAUAACAACGAGAUUACUGCUGUUGUUGUUCAUGCGGUAAGAGCUGGCUUUGCACCACAGGUAACUGCUCAGAAGAUAGCAGCUCUGGCGCGCCAGCGAGCACUGGACAAGAACAGGCAGACGCCAUUUUCAACGGCUGCUCAAGAAGCAGGGUUCCGUUAUUACGGAGGCAAGCUUGAUGACCUUACCGUUGUUGUGUCCUAUGUAACUGGCCCCACUAAGGUGUGAGUGAGUCUUGUAAUCCGGGUGUAGAGAACCCAUUUCGGUUGUAAAUCUGUUCUUUACAUCUGUUUGUAAGGUGGCUGAUGGAGCUGAGAAGCUCAUUACUCUUGAUUUUCCAUGAAACCCACCGAGAGCUGUAAUUCCAUGGGUUUUAUCGAUUGCUAUCUGAGAUAUGAUUUUCAUUA